UAUUUGGAAUUGUCCUUUUUUUUUUUUUUUUUCAACUCCAGACCGCAGAGGAGACGCGCGGAGUCGAGUUAACAGGCUGAGCAACAUGCGCAAAGACUAGGAGACAGACAGAGGGUGAGGGAGGCAGAACAGAACAAAAAUCCGUUAUUCAGAAGGUUCAACUGUCCAGCAAGCCAGGAAAGGAUCUGCUAUGGAUUUCAUAAGAGUGUAAAAAAACAACAAUAAGGGAUUUACCAAAAAAAAAAAAAAAAAAAAAAAAUGGAAUAAUCGGACUUUUCCGCCCUUUUUACCUGGGAUUCUUUCUCUCGGGUAUUGGAAUUCUUCCUGUUUCACCUGCACCAGCUGGAAGGAGGAGGGAGGUGGGAAGACGGGAUAAAGAACAGACGGAUACUGAGGAGGAGGUGGUGGUGGAAGACGGAAAGGUGGGCGAGAAUCAUUCCAGCUUUCUGUCGGAUGGGAUUCUUCUUCCACCCCGCGGAUGGAGGGAUGAAACCGGGAGAGAAGACCGGGGAGAGCGAGAAAGAGAGAGGAGGGAGAAAAGGAGCAGGAUGUAGUCGUCGGGCGCUGUAAGAAUGCAAAACGGACGCACCCCUCUGGAAGGCAGGAUUGAACUAUAGAGAAGAAGAAGAAGAAAAAAAAAAACCCGCAAACGGAAUUUACAGCCACCCAAAGGAAAUUUACACACAUUUACCUCGAAAGGCGCGCACGUAUAUGGGGCAUAAUCUCUUAUCUGGAGUCUAUCUGUGUGGAGUUACAACUACAAUCGGCAGUAUCAUUGUAAGGAUGGGAUUUGGAGAGAUAAUUGCGCCCUGACACCCAGUGAACUGAAGGAACGUAUCCAGAAAGAGCUCCACAGCUGGCAGACAGUGACUGGGGAGGGCGGGCUCCACGGGACUACAAUGAGGUACAGCCUGAUCCUCAGUUGGAUGCCUCCAGGAUGGAAGUCGUUACCUCUGCUUGAGUAAACAAAACCAUCAGAAGAUUUUGGACCUGCAUCCUCACCCAUGAUGUUGUAGCUGUGGUAACAUGUGAUCAUCGUGAAGAAGACAGUUACCCACUUUUACAUCUCUGAAGGUGUUGUGUGCAGGUGGAGGUGGUCGCCAUGGAGAGGCUGUUGCUGUGCGUGAUGCUGGCAGUCGCCAUGGCAGUGCGGGCACAGAUCUGCCCGAAGCGCUGCGUAUGCCAGAUCCUGUCACCCAACCUGGCAACCCUCUGUGCCAAGAAAGGCCUGCUGUUUGUGCCGCCCAACAUUGACAGACACACGGUGGAGCUGCGGCUGGCCGACAAUUUUGUCACAAGUGUAAAAAGGAAGGAUUUUGCAAAUAUGACACGACUGGUGGAUCUAACGCUAUCGAGAAACACCAUCUCCUACAUCACACCUCAUGCCUUUGCUGAUCUGGAAAACCUCAGAGCUCUGCACCUCAACAGUAAUCGGCUGACAAGAAUAGGCAACGACACGUUCAGCGGGAUGUCCAAACUUCAUCAUCUAAUUCUGAACAACAACCAGCUGGUGCUGAUCCAUCAGGGAGCGUUCAAUGACCUGUUGGCGCUGGAAGAGCUGGACCUUAGCUAUAAUAACCUAGACUCGAUUCCAUGGGAGGCCAUCCAGAGAAUGACCAGCCUCCACACGUUGAGUUUAGACCACAACAUGCUGGACUUCAUUCCAGAGGGAACCUUCUCCCUUCUACAGAAACUCAACCGACUAGAUGUGACCUCCAACAAGCUCCAGAAGCUGCCGCCAGACCCGCUGUUCCAGCGAGCGCAGGUCCUGGCCACGUCAGGGGUCUUGACUUCCUCGUCCUUUGCGCUGUCCUUCGGUGGGAACCCUCUCCACUGUAACUGCGAGCUGCUCUGGCUGCGGAGGCUCAACCGGGAGGACGACCUGGAGACGUGCGCCACGCCCCAGCACCUGUCGGGCCGAUACUUCUGGUCCAUCCCUGAAGAGGAGUUUCUGUGCGAGCCCCCACUCAUCACCAGAUUCUCCCACGAGAUGAGGGUUCUGGAAGGCCAGAGAGUAGCACUGAGGUGUAAGGCAAGAGGAGACCCAGAGCCAGCCAUUCACUGGAUCUCUCCGGAGGGCAAGCUGGUGUCCAACUCCUCCCGGACGCUUGUCUACACUAACGGGACGCUGGACAUCCUCAUCAGCACUGUGAAGGACACCGGCUCGUUCACCUGCAUCUCGUCCAACCCCGCUGGCGAAGCCCACCAAACGGUGGACCUGGUGAUUAUAAAACUCCCCCACAUCUCCAACAACACCAAUAACAUCCAGGAGCCGGACCCCGGCUCGUCGGACAUCUCCACCUCAACCCGGGGCGGCGCCAACGGGAGCAACGUGACCGGGGACGUGAAGGGCGGGGCGGACAAGAGGGUGGUGACGGCCGAGGCCACGUCAUCGACUGCGCUGAUCAAGUUCAACUUUCAACGAAACAUCCCGGGGAUCAGGAUGUUCCAGAUACAGUACAACGGCAGCCAGGACGACUCGCUGGUUUACAGAAUGAUACCCCCAUCAAGCAAGAACUUCCUGGUCAAUAACCUGGCGGCAGGGACGCCGUACGACCUGUGCGUUCUGGCCAUCUACGACGACGUGAUCACCUCUCUGACGGCGACGCGGGUGGUCGGCUGCGUGCAGUUCACCACCGAGUCCGAGUACAUGAGGUGUCAUUUCAUGCAGUCGCAGUUUCUCGGCGGGACCAUGAUCAUCAUCAUCGGAGGGAUAAUAGUAGCCUCGGUGCUCGUUUUCAUCAUUAUCCUGAUGAUACGGUACAAGGUGUGCAACCCCGGUGAAGGCGGCAAAGGUGUCUCAAUGUCGAUGACCAAUGUUCACUCUCAGACCAACGGGCAACAGUCGCAGGGAUGCUCCGUCACUCCCAGUGCCUCGAAACACGGCUCAAUUGGAUUAGACGACCUCUCGGGAGGCACGAAGAAGAGGAGCGGGGCAGCAGCAGGAGGAAUGGGUGGGGGCAAGGAUUUGACGACUCAAUCGUCCGACUCGUCUCUGCCUGACUGCUCGACAGCUACCCUUCUCAGCCAGACUUGGGCAGCCAGGAGCCCCGCGGGCGAAACGGAGGAAAAAGCAGGGAAAGAUAUAACUCAGGCCAGCUUGGUUUCGCCCACCGCCGCCUCCGGGACCCUGCCCAAACCCAAGCGGAAGCCCGCUCCGGGCAAGCCCGGCUCGGCCUGCUCCGGCGCCCAGGCCAUGCCCGAGAGCCUCGCCUCCGCCUCGUCCCCCCGCCCCGCUUCGUCAUCCUCCGCCUCCACCGCCUCCUCCGCCCUCCUCUCCUCUUCGGUGCCCAUGCCGCUGGAGAACCUCAACACCAACCGUAACAACUCCACCUCCCUCAACCAGACCCCGCCUCCUCCUCCACCCCCGGCGUUUGCCCCGUCACCUUUUUCCAGCCCCUACACGACGCCGAGCCCGGUCCCGUCCAUCCGCUUCAGAGAGACUCCCAUCCUGCGCCGGGCCCCGCGUGCUGGAUCCGCCUCCCUCUCCAACUCCUCCUCUGCCAAGUACCAGACUCUCCCGGCGGAGGAGGGUGGGAGGAGCAGGGCGAGGAGGAGGUACUCGCUCAGCGAAGGAGGCGCAAAGACUCACUCCUUGUCCCGUCAGGGAGAAAAUGGGCCCAAACUGGGGCGGAAACUGAGGAACAAAAGGAGCCAAUCAAUGAGCGGGAUGCUGCUCCCCAAAGACGGGGAAGGAGACUCAGACAAAGGGCGGUGCGAUUCGGACUGGAUCUUAGAAAGCACGGUCUGAACUGAAACAAGGCAGCAAGCGUGACAAAAAA